UUGGAUGUGAAUGAACGGGAGGAGAAAUGCUGCUGCCGCGCCGCUCCUAACGCUGAGACCUCCUGCUCCACGGACCUCAGCGGGUAGAUGCCAACUCUCCAGGCUGACGGAGAGACGGGGGAGCCUGGGGGAAGGUGUCGGGCGGUGCCGGCAGUCCUGGAACUGGCCACCUAGCCAGAACGAGGGAGAGAGUGAGGUAACAGGGAGACGGGAGGACGCACUCGAGAGAGAAAGAAGGAGAAUAGGCAAAGGUGGAAGAGGGAGAAAGGAGGGGAGAGGCAGAGAAAGGAAGAGACUAAAUGGCUGCACCGCUACCGGGCUUCACCUCGCUCCUGCUCUCUUCUUUGGCACUCCACCUGCUUCUCCUCGGCCCUUUGUUUGCCCUCACCCCGGGGACGGGGAAUACAGGAGGGGCUUCCCACCGGUGGACCCCGGGCCUCUGCUACCGAGACGCCGGUAAAUUGAGCCAGCAGUUUCAGCAGCAGAAGUGCGAGAGUGCAGGGGAGUCGCGGUGGGGCAGCUGGAAUCUACGCCCAAGCAGGUGGACCGAAGAGUGGAUACAGUCUGGAGGAUGCUCUGGAUUUCAGCAUGCAGGACGGACGCGGGGAGGAUAUCACCGGGAUGGGACGAGGGGGAUAUGGAGGGAGAGACUUAAUGAAGUCGGGACGUUAUGGAGGAGUGGAAACGGCCCUCCGGCUCCACCAACGCCUCCCCCUCUUCUCCUCCCAGGUGUUAGGAGCAAGUCGAGCUCUGAUGGCGUCGGCGGAGGAGAGGGAGUGGAGAGAGAGAGGAUGAGGAUGAGGAGGAAGGGCGUUGUUUCUCCUCCCGCCUCACCUGCCUUCACCUCCUCGCCGGUUCUAAACGGCAAAAAACGGGCAGUACAAAGGACUAGAGUGUGCGCACAACGGUGGCCGGCGUCGUGGCCACACCUCGCCAAACGUGGCGCCGCCGGAGCCUUUGUGCACGCCUUUGGCCUGUGCCGGGCACCCGGAAGUGGAAAGAUGAGAGGGGAGAGGGCUUGUGAGGUGAGGAUGCUCUCUGCUACAUGGUGCUCCCUGACACCAAGGCAUCUUUACAGGUCAAGCCACAACAAACAAGCCCGCUCCCCGGCCGGCAACAUGUCUUCUGGCACCGUGCCAUCCUGUUUCUCUUGUUGCUUUCAUCCUCUUUCUGGGUGUUGCUUACUUCACUGUCAGGCUUCAAACUACACCUCCAAAUCCAACAACAAUUCAGGCUGUAUCAAGAGAUCAAAAUUGGACAAAAUUCUUCAUUCAUCAGCUUUUUAUUCCUCCCAGACCGGCUUCACUGAUCAAAAUCAGCCGCAUCCAGUUUAUAGGAACAGCAACAACAGCAGGGAUGGGGAUGCUGAUGGGGGCUCAGCCAGCAUGGACAGGAGGGCUGUUAAUUGUUCUCAUUUGGGCAGGCACAAUGUUAUCGAUCCCAGCAGCAUCAGAGAGGGGGGUGAUGAUAGCAGUUUGACUGGGUGCAUUAGGAGCAGAGAGAGGGAGAGGGGGAGGAAGAGAGGGGGAGAUGUGGAGGAAGAGAGGGAAGCGUGCAGAUGUAAUGCCCGGGCGGCGAUUAACCCCAGUAUCAGGACACUCCUAGAUUAUUGUGGACUCCUUGACCGUGACCCAAAAGCAAGUUCUAAUAGUUUGUGGCUUGUUGAAGAGAGAAGGGAGGGGGGAGAUGGAAGAGAGGAAGGGCGGAAUCGAGGCAGCAAAUGCAUUAAUUUAUCCAAUUAUCCGGAUAAUGAUUUGGCUUUUCCGAUUCUGACUUUUUCAUGUAGGGCUGAUAAUGAGCUUCAGCAUGGGAAAUCAGUACCAGCAACCAGAGGGCAGAGCAGUCCAACCCGAGGAGAAAACAGUAAGGUUCCCGGUGGUUGCUUUGGUUGUUUGGGGAGAGCAGAAAAGGGGGAUGGUUAUUUAGCUGCGUUUAUGGCCCCGGAGGGAGGCAUAGCUCAGAGGAAUGUCCUCAUCCAAUUUACCCCCAGCAGCAUAACAGAGACUCCAGGCCAACAUUUUCUCUCUAGGAAAAGCGCAAUUCCUGAAAUCACAUCAAAAUAUCCUGGCCCGAUAGUCACUACGCCCCCUCACACACAAACAGGCGGUUACGCAGAGAGUGUGAAACCAUCCAGACCGCGUUUCUCUGCUGAAGAAGUAAACGCAACUUCAGCUCCAGAGCCCGCUGGUGACUCAGUGUUUUUCUCGCCUGCUAAGUUUCCCGUUACUUUUCUCGGUGAUGUGUCAGCCACGUCUCGCUCAGCACUGGCAAUUACACCACGUCCUCUCACUCAGCCCGAGCACUCCACAACAAAUCACUUCUCGUUUUUCUCGGAAAUUAACCUGACCACAUGGCAGGGUGACUCCGCUCUUUCUCCUCAAGAAGUGAUUUCAGCACUAUGGACAGCUCCCCUCGACUCUCAACGUGUGUAUUUGUGGAGCAAAUUUAACACUAACAGUAACAACAAUAUUGAAAAGGAAGGAAACGAGGAGGCUGACGGAUACAGUCAUACAUCUGAAACAGAAAAAUCGCCGUGGCGUGGUCAAAAAGAACAGCUGGACCUAUGGGAGAGUGCGCUGCGAGAAAUGGUAAACGCAGGGUGCGCUGACAGCAUCUCCGGCGACUGUUCACCCACCGAGCAAGGGAAUCACGCACAUAUGCAAUUAAAAUCGGGUAAGCAAGUGCCAUUAGAGCUAGAAGGUGUCAGACACUCAGAGAGGCAGCAGAUGGGGGCUGAGGGAGAAAGGGAGAGGGGUGCAGAGAAGGAGGGAGAGGGCUUGGAGGGGUCCGCCGCUGUUGGGGGAGGGAAAUUACAGGUGGGGGUGGGCGAAAGAGAGGCGCGGCUCAUGGCAGGGAGAGAAACAGGGGGAGAAGAGCAAGAGGAGGAGGAGGAGUGGGAGAGGGAAAGGGUAAUAACAAAGGCAAGCCAGGCAGAGGAGAGAGAGGCAGAGGGAGGGAAGGGUCAGGAUAGGGCCAGUAGCAUCAGCACCAUCACACAAGCACAUAGCAGGAUGGGGAAAGAAGAGAGCCAGGCAGAUGAAAGCCACGAGGUAGGAAAGGGGGAUAAGAGGGGGGGAGAGGAGGAGGAGGAGAGGCACAGUUCAAGGGGAGAGAGGAGUCUGGAGCGACUGAUAAUAGUAGCAGAUGAUGAAACCUCACAGGGUGAUAGGGGGAGGAAGAUUCUGAUGCCAUGGCCUCGCUCACGGCGUGCAGCAAAUAGACACCCCCAUUUCCCCCAGUAUAACUAUCAAGUCCAAGUAGCUGAAAACCAACCACCCGGCACCUCAGUCAUUGUCAUGUCCGCCUCAGACCCGGACGCAGGAGACGCAGGCAGGGUGAGCUACACAAUGGCCCCACUCAUGAACAGCCGAUCAUCCGACUACUUCCACAUCCACCCAGACACAGGUCUCAUCACAACCACUCAGAUUCUGGACAGAGAACACAUGGACUUGCAUUACUUCCGAGUCACAGCGACAGAUUUUGGCUCCUCACGCCUCUCUGGCACCACGAUGGUUGCUAUUACUAUAGCAGACCGGAAUGACCAUGCUCCCAUUUUUGAGCAGGCAGAGUACAGGGAGACUAUCAGGGAGAAUGUAGAGGAGGGGUAUCCCAUCUUACAGCUCAGAGCGACCGACUUAGACUCCCCUUCCAAUGCCAAUAUCCGUUACCGCUUUGUGGGUGACUCUGUUGUUAUUGCAAGAGCAGCCUUUGAGAUUGACCCUCGCUCUGGCCUUAUUACCACCCGUGGAGCAGUGGACCGGGAAACAAACGAGCACUACACACUCCAAGUGGAGGCCAGUGACCAGGGGAAGGAACCAGGGCCACGCUCUGUGACUGUCAAAGUUUUUAUCACUGUGCUGGAUGAAAACGAUAAUGUGCCACAGUUCAGUGAGAAGCGCUAUGUAGUAGCAGUAAGGGAGGAUGUAAGGCCUCACUCUGAGAUCCUGCGUGUGAGUGCCACAGACCGGGACAAGGACAGUAACGCUGCUGUUCACUAUAACAUUAUCAGCGGUAACAGCCGUGGACAGUUUUCUAUCGACAGUGUCACUGGAGAGAUUAAUGUUGUGGCACCUUUGGACUAUGAGUCAGAGCGGGAGUAUACGCUCCGUGUUCGUGCACAGGACAAUGGCAGACCACCACUUUCCAACAACACCGGUAUUGUCAGUGUACAGGUGACGGAUGUCAACGACAACCCACCCAUCUUUGUCUCCACACCGUUCCAGGCAUCUGUCCUUGAGAGCGCCCCAAUUGGUAGUUCCAUCCUCCACAUUCAGGCCAUUGAUACUGACUCUGGUGAUAAUGCCCGCCUGGAGUACAGGUUGACUGGCACCAGCUCUGACACGCCGUUCAUUAUCAACUCUGCAACAGGCUGGGUCACUGUGAAGACCAUUCUGGACCGAGAAUCUGUAGAGCAUUAUUUCUUUGGUGUGGAGGCCAGGGAUUAUGGCAUGCCCCCACUUUCUGCCACAGCGAGUGUUACAAUAACAGUGAUGGAUGUUAAUGACAACCGCCCAGAGUUCCUUCAAAAGGAGUACUAUUCUCGCCUGAAUGAGGAUGCAGCAGUUGGCACCAGUGUAGUGACCGUCACCGCUGUGGAUCGUGAUGUCAACAGUGCUGUGACCUAUCAGAUAACAGGAGGAAACACCAGAAACCGCUUUGCCAUCAGCACAGCAGGAGGGGCUGGACUUCUUUCAUUAGCCCUCCCGUUGGACUACAAACAGGAGCGGAGGUACGUUCUAACAGUCACUGCCUCAGACCGCACACUGCACGACACCUGUCAGGUGCACAUCAACAUCACAGAUGCCAACACACACAGGCCAGUAUUUCAGAGUGCCCACUACUCUGUCAGUGUGAAUGAGGACCGACCGCCUGGGAGCACUGUGGUUGUGAUCAGCGCCACUGAUGAUGAUGUUGGUGAAAAUGCUCGAAUCACAUACUUCCUCGAGGACAACAUCCCACAGUUCCGCAUUGACACUUCCACAGGGGCUAUAACACUCCAGGCAGAGCUCGACUAUGAGGACCAGAUGACCUACACUCUGGCUAUAACAGCUAAAGACAAUGGCAUACCACAAAAAUCAGACACAACAUAUGUUGAGGUGAAUGUGAAUGAUGUGAACGACAAUGCACCUCAGUUCCUCAGCCCCAGGUACCAGGGAACAGUGAGUGAAGACGCCCCUCCUUUCACCAGUGUCCUCCAAAUCUCUGCUACUGACCGCGAUGCACACGCCAAUGGUCGCGUUCAGUACACCUUCCAAAAUGGUGAGGAUGGGGACGGAGACUUUACCAUUGAGCCUACAUCUGGAAUCUUGCGCACUGUUCGACGUUUGGACCGCGAGAGCGUUCCAUUCUAUGAGCUCACAGCCUAUGCAGUGGAUCGUGGUGUACCUCCUCAAAAAACCCCCGUGCACAUCCAAGUAACGGUCCUAGAUGUGAAUGAUAAUGCACCUGUCUUCCCCGCUGACGACUUUGAGGUUCUUGUAAAAGAGAAUAGUGCCGUGGGCUCUGUAGUGGCCCAGAUCACAGCCACUGACCCUGACGAGGGCGCCAAUGCUCAGAUCAUGUACCAGAUUGUGGAGGGCAACAUCCCCGAGAUCUUUCAGAUGGACAUCUUUUCAGGAGAGCUCACUUCACUCAUCGAUCUUGACUAUGAAGCCCGCAACGAGUAUGUCAUUGUAGUCCAGGCCACCUCAGCACCUCUAGUUAGCCGGGCUACUGUUCGUAUCCGAUUGGUUGACCAGAAUGACAACAGACCCACUCUGCGGGACUUCCAAAUCAUCUUCAACAACUUCGUGUCCAACCGUUCCAACAGUUUCCCCAAUGGUGUAAUUGGGAGAGUACCUGCCCACGAUCCCGAUGUGUCAGACAGGCUGUACUACACCAUCGACCGAGGGAACGAGCUUCACCUGUUGCUUCUGAAUCAUACCAGUGGAGAGAUCCGACUGAGCCGAAAACUGGAUAACAACAGGCCGCUGGUGGCUCCCAUGCUGAUCACCGUCACAGACGGCGUCCACAGCAUUUCAGCCCAAUGUGUUCUCCGCGUCCUCAUCAUCACCGAGGACAUGCUGGGCAGCAGUGUCACCGUCCGUCUCCAGAACAUGUCUCAGGAGCACUUCCUGUCACCACUGCUUGGUAACUUCUUGGAGGGCGUGUCGGCCGUUCUCUCUGUGCCUGUGGAGGAUGUUUUCAUCUUUAACAUCCAGCCGGACCUGGACGCAGCACCAGGAGGGAUCCUGAAUGUCAGCUUCUCUGCAGCGUUACCAGGCGGACUCUUCUUUCCGUCUGAUGCUCUGGAGGAGCAGCUGUACCUGAACAGGCCGAGGCUGACGUCACUGACGCAGAUGGAGGUUCUACCGUUUGAUGACAAUGUGUGUCUGCGUGAGCCCUGCCAGAACUACAUGAAGUGCAUUUCCGUACUGCGCUUCAACAGCUCCGCCCCCUUCAUCUCCUCGCCCUCCAUCCUGUUCAGGCCCAUACACCCCAUUGCGGGCUUACGCUGCCGCUGCCCAGUAGGCUUCACAGGGGACUACUGUGAGACGGAGAUCAACCUGUGUUACUCCAACCCCUGCCUGAAUGGAGGCGUCUGCGCCCGCAGAGAAGGAGGGUACACCUGUAUCUGUCGUGAAGACUUCACUGGUGACCGAUGUGAGUUUGACCGGCGGCAGGGCAGGUGUGUGCCAGGUGUGUGUCGCAAUGGAGGGACGUGUCGGGAGCUUUCAGGCGGGGGUUUCCGCUGUGAGUGUCCUGCAGGAGGCUACGAGCGCCCAUACUGCACAGUCGCUGCCCGAUCCUUCCCACCCAAAUCCUUUGUCAUGUUCAGGGGCCUCCGACAGAGAUUUCAUCUGUCAAUCUCAUUAACUUUUGCCACCCUCGAGAACAGUGGUCUUCUCUUCUACAACGGCCGCUUCAAUGAGAAACAUGACUUCAUCGCAUUGGAGAUACAAGAAGGACAAGUGGUGCUCAAAUAUUCCACAGGUGAAUCAUCCACUCAGGUGAAUCCCUUCCUGCCUGGUGGUGUGAGCGAUGGAAACUGGCAUACUGUUCAUAUCCACUACUACAACAAGCCAGCUACACGCUAUCCCAGACGAAGUAUGACCGGUGAGGCCCAGGGUCCGUCAGAUGAGAAGAUUGCAGUUGUGAGUGUUGACGACUGUGACACAGCGUUGUCGCUUCGCUUUGGUAUGCAGCUGGGAAAUUACAGCUGUGCUGCGCAAGGCAAACAGACCAGCAACAAAAAAUCAUUGGACCUGACGGGUCCGUUGUUUCUGGGCGGAGUCCCCAAUGUACCAGACAACUUCCCAUUUGGUGCCAGAGAGUUUAUCGGCUGUAUGAAGGAGCUGCACAUUGACAAUAAGCCGCUGGAUUUAGCUGGAUUCAUCGCUAACAAUGGAACGAUACCUGGCUGCAGUGCCAAGCUCCCCUUCUGUAAGUCCAACCCCUGUCAGAACGGAGGAACAUGCAGGGUGAGCUGGGAGACUUUUUCCUGCGACUGUCCACUAGGAUACGGAGGGAAGGACUGCAGUCAUGUGAUGCCACACCCUCAUCGCUUCCUGGGUAAUAGCGCCCUCUGGUGGGACCUUAAGAACGACGUGACUAUCUCGACGCCCUGGUACCUUGGCCUGGUGUUCAGAACGAGAGCGCGAGAGGGAACCUUACUGCAGGCUCAGGCUGGCCAGUACACCAGCCUGCUUUUCCAGGUGAUAAACGGUCAGCUUGUGUUCUCGGUGGCCCGCGGUUCAACCAGACCGGUUCGCUUGCGGUUGGAUCAGGUUCAGGUGGCAGACGGCCGGUGGCAUGACCUCCAGCUGGAGCUUCGAGAUGUUCGCAGUGGACGUGAGACUCGCUACGUUGCCACACUACGGCUCGACUUUGGGCUCUAUCAGGGAACAGUGAUAGUGGGAAAUGAGAUUCAUGGUUUGAAGGUGAAACAUCUUCAUGUGGGAGGAGUGCUGGGCUCCGGAGAGGUUCAAAACGGGAUAAAAGGAUGCAUACAGGGGGUUCGACUGGGUGUACGGCCUGAUGCCCCUCCCCUGCCCCGCCCGAGCAGAGCUGUCAAAGUAGAGACAGGCUGUAGUGUUGGCAACCCCUGCGUCUCAUCUUCUUGCCCCUCACACAGCCGUUGUUCGGACGAAUGGGAGCGCCACACCUGUCUCUGCGAACCCGGUUACUAUGGGAGAGGCUGCACCGAUGCUUGUCAUCUGAACCCAUGUGAAAACGAGGCUCAGUGCCACAGGAAGCCCAGCUCCUCCCAUGGAUACAUCUGUGACUGUGGCGACAACCACUACGGACAGUACUGCCAGCACAGAAUUGAUCACCAGUGUCCCAGGGGUUGGUGGGGAUCUCCGACCUGUGGGCCGUGCCACUGUGACACUAAUAAAGGCUUCGACCCCAACUGUAAUAAAACCAACGGACACUGUCACUGCAAGGAGUUUCACUACCAUCCACGGGGCUCUGACACCUGUCUGCCAUGUGACUGCUACCCGGUGGGUUCCUUCUCGCGCUCAUGUGACCCAGAGACAGGCCAGUGCCAGUGUAGGCCAGGUGUGAUUGGUCGCCAGUGCAACGCGUGUGACAACCCCUUUGCUGAGGUCACAAAUUCAGGCUGUGAAGUCAUCUAUGAUGGAUGUCCAAAGACCAUCACUCAGGGGAUCUGGUGGCCCAGGACCAAGUUUAACCUCCCUGCUGCAGUGCCCUGCCCCAAAGGCUCUGUCGGCGCAGCCAUCAGACACUGCGAUGUAGAGAGAGGAUGGCUGGAGCCAGACCUUUACAACUGUACCUCACCUCCAUUUGUGGAGCUCAAUGCUGCUCUUGAUUCUCUGGAGCGUAAUGAAACGGAGCUGAACACGAUCAUGGAGAAGAAACUUGCACACCAGCUCCGUGAUGUCACUGAGGCUACUUCUCGACUCUAUGGCAAUGACCUGCAGAUCGCCGAACGACUGCUUUCCCGCCUGCUGACCUUUGAGACCCAGCAGAGUGGCUUUGGACUAACCGCUACUCAGGAUGCACAUUUCAACGAGAACAUUGUCCGAGGUUGCAGUGUGCUGUUGGGUCCUGGUACCUCUGGGCUUUGGCGGGCUAUCGCUCAAAGUCAGAACCACCUAGGCGGGGGUCCGGCUGUGUUGACGGAGCUGCUGGAGCAGUACGCCCAGAAUGUAGCCCAGAACAUGAAGCUCACCUACCUCAACCCUGUGGCGCUGGUUGCUCCAAACAUAGUCAUGAAUCUAGACCGUAUCGAGAACCAAACUCAUGUGAGGCGCCGUUUCCCACGUUACCACACUAGCCUGUUUCGCGGUCAAGCUCCGUGGGACCCUUACACCCAUGUGAUACUGCCCCCUGCUGCCCUGGUGCCACAGCGACAACAACAACAACACAACUGGAAGGAGAAGGAGCGGACAGAGAAAGAGCCUUCAACCCCACAGAACGCUGGUUCAGCCCCCGUCAGCAUCUCAGCCAAUCAGACGGGAGAGUACACUGCAGCCAGACGGGCAGUUUCUAUGCCUGAACCGCCCAUCACCAUCGUAAUCAUGUUGGUCUAUCGCAGUCUGGGCGCCGCCCUCCCUCCCAAGUACCACACAGACAGACGAGGAGUGAGGCUUCCCAGACACCCGGUAAUGAACUCCCCGGUUGUCAGUAUUUCUGUCUACAACAACCAGACGUUUGUGGCUGGACACUUGGACCAGCCCAUUCUGCUUGAGUUCAAGCUGCUGGAGACGGCAAACCGCAGCAAGCCCCUGUGUGUGCAGUGGAACCACAGCAACCAGUAUGAGAUAGGUGGUUGUUGGACAGUCAGAGACUGUAUGGUGGUGUACAGGAACACCUCUCAUGUCCGCUGUCAGUGCCAGAGACUGGGCACAUUUGGCGUGCUGAUGGACAGUUCACACAGAGAGCAGCUGGAGGGGGAUCUGGAAACACUGGCCUUGGUCACCUACUCCUCUCUCUGCGUCUCCAUGCUGGCUCUCCUCCUCACUGUCCUCGUGCUCUCCUGCCUCCGAGGCCUCAAGUCCAACACCAGGAGCAUCCAUUCAAACACAGCAGCAGCCAUGUUUUUGUCUGAGUUGGUGUUUCUACUUGGAGUCAAUCAGACUGAACAACAGUUCUUGUGCACGGUUGUUGCCAUCUUACUGCAUUACUUCUUCAUGUCCACGUUUGCCUGGAUGUUUGUGGAGGGCCUUCAUAUCUACCGCAUGCAGACUGAGCAACGCAACAUCAACUUCGGUGCCAUGAGGUUUUACUAUGCCAUCGGCUGGGGCGUGCCUGCCAUCAUCACAGGCUUGGCAGUGGGAUUGGACCCAGAGGGUUACGGGAACCCGGACUUCUGUUGGAUCUCUAUCUACGACAAACUCAUCUGGAGCUUUGCUGGUCCCAUAGCCAUUGUCAUACUGAUGAAUGGAGGGAUUUUCAUGAUUGUAGCCAAGAUGUCCUGCAAUCCGUCUCAGAAGGAGACCAAGAAGCUCCCUGUCAUUGCUACUAUUCGCGAUGCCUUCAUGCUGCUGCUCGUUGCCACCUCCACCUGGCUGUGUGGUCUAAUGGCUGUGAACAACAGCAUCCUUGCUUUCUACUAUAUAUUCAAUGUCCUCUGCUUGGUGCAGGGUCUGUCGGUGAUGCUGGUCUUCACUGUGUUCAACGCAGAGGUUCAGGAGGCCUGGAGUGUUGCCUGUUUGGGAAAGAAGAGCCCCGGAGAAGACCCACCAAGACCACCUCAGAACACUGCUCAGAACCCUUAUCACAAUGCUUCUCUGUUGGAGCAGAGCGGGCUGCACCGGAUCACCCUGGGGACUUCUACUAUCUCCUCUGUCAGCUCUGCCAGAGAAAAUCUUCUGGCUCGUCAGACUCUGGAACAAAACAUCGUCAACACUGGAGCCACAGACCUGGAUGUGGCCAUGUUCCACAGAGAUGGAGGUGAAGAUUCGGAUUCAGACUCAGACCUCUCCAUGGAGGAAGAUCGCAGUCUCUCCAUCCCCUCCUCAGAGAGCGAUGACAAUGUCCGACUCCGUGGGCGCAUCCAGCGGCGAUUCAAACGCUCCAAUCACAGUGAGCGUCUGCUCACUGAGACGACCCAAAACGGCACCAAAGAUCUGGAUGGCAAUGACCUUCUGUCCUAUUGGCCAGCUUUGGAGGAGUGCGAGACACACAGUCUGCAGAAAUGGGGCUCAGAGCGGCCCCUGGGGGCAGAUUACAGCAAGGAUGCUGCCAACAACAACCAGGCUGACGCAGCGCUGACCAGUGGGGACGAGAGCGGCCUCACCCAGCCACACAGGCACCGCAAGGGUAUCCUGAAGAAUCGUAUCGGCUGUCCCCCUGCCCUCCAGGGUCUUGCCACCAUGGGCCGCGUCCCCAGUGAUCUCAACUGGUACCGGACCUCUACUUUGGGACACCGAGGCGUUCCUGCAGCCUCUUAUGGUCGCAUGUACUCUGCCACAGCCGGCGCCAGUGGAGGUUCUGGAUCUCUCUCCCAACCUGCUUCCCGCUACUCAUCCAGGGAGCACCUCGACUCACUGUCACGGAGGCAGCUGUCCAGGGAUCCGCUAGGCAGGCAAACAGUUGGGGGCUCUAGGGACAGGCUGGACUCACGUGGUUCUAGAGACAACCUUGAUCUCUUACCCAGGAGGAGAGAGCUGGGGCAGGGAGCAGGACUAGGGGGCCUAGGCCUUGACCACCAGCGAGUCUCAUCUUCUAGGGAGAACUUGACGGGAUCCAGGGACAGACUGGACAACCACCACACGGGCAGCAUCCACGCCUCCAGGGAGGACCUGAGUGGAAACGGAGCAGUGGGACCAGGGAUGGAGGGAUAUCUCAGUGGAUCUCGGUCACAUCUCAACUCACUACCACGUCGGCAGGCUUCAUCCCGGGAGCACCUAGGGGGGGCGCUGAUGAGCAGUAGGUCCAGAGAGCAGUUGGAGACCAAUGGAGUCGGAGCUCAGGCUCAGCCAUGUCGGGAAUGGCUCCGCACUCUGCCUCCCCGUCAGCCCUCACACCCUGACCAGCCUCCCUCCUCCUCGCCUCCACCCCCAAUCUCUGAGGAGCCCCAAGAGCAGCUCUCUGCUCCACCUCACAUCAGGGGACGACUGGACUCAGCACCUCAAUGUAGGUACCCAGGUCAGGUCCCCCAAGCUGCAGGUUCAAAUCCAAACCCACUGGGCCGACAGCCAUCCAGUGAACAUCUGGAUAUUUUGUCCUCCAUCCUGGCGUCCUUCAAUUCCACUGUCCUAACUCCUCCCCCUGCUGGCUCUAACCCUGGGCCUAAUGGCUCCGCCCUCGGACCCUCCCCCUCCCUGCCUCAAUCCGCCACCUCCCACAGUGUGUCGGAAGUCUCCCCUGACUCAGAAGCCAACAGAAGUGAAGGACAGUCUUGAUGACAGCCUCCAUGUCCCUUUAUAUAUUGUGACAGUGCUUGGAACACAAGGGACAAAUUCAAAGGUCAUGGAAGGCCUUGAACCACUGGGACACCCUGGGCCAUCGGAAGACUACAAACAAACAAUGACGGAGGAGACACUAAGUUGGAAAGAAAGUAAGACAGAGCAUGUGUCUUGAAGCUUGUGGGCCGUUUGUACUUUAUUAAGGUUUUAAGUCCCACCGCCUUCAAUGAUGACAUCAUUUCUUUGGACAAUGAGUCUCCAACCUCUACUACCUAAAACGAUUUAGAGACAAACACAAACUCCUCAGAUCUCAAACACAAAAGUCAGCUUGAUCCAGACAAGUAGAUAAAAAAAUGACAGACUGUACAUAACAUUUUUUAUACAUUUUGUAUCUUUUUCAUUGGAGAUGAAGAAGAAAUCUCUUGUGAUGUUUCUUUUUUUUUAACGAUUGUGUCCGUGUGAGGUUGUGAGUGAGGUUGGUGCGAGUGCAGUCUCUUUUGUUGCUGAGGGAGAGAUCCCCCUCCCCCCUCCCCCCCACAUAGAGAAAAAAAAAUCCCACAAACCUCCUUGUGUGUUCCUCAGAAACUUUCCCUCACACCCAUCAACUUUGUGUAUAGUGACAGGGGUCCGGCAAUAGUAUCUGAUGAGAUUAUCGAACAUGACAUGGUUGGAGGGAAAAUAUCAAAGAAGGAAGACGUGAUUGUAAAUAGAGGAUGAAAAUAUUUUAAGAGAAGAGAUUUGAUUGAACAAAAUGAUUGUGAAGAAAAAGAUGGCCGACAUUAAGCUUAAACACUACGUGGAGGUUCAGAGUCCAGCUGUCAAAUCUCUGUCACGAGUAUCAAAGUAUCAGCUCCGUCUGGAGAUUGUGCUGUUUUGUGAUCUGCUGUAUAUGAAUGUGACCUUGUCAUCUGUCCGUGUAUCUCUGUGCCUCUGAUCCAGACCAUGUCAGGGGACGGAUAUUUCAAAACCACCUUUCGUCUUCAGGUGGCAGGUACCUGUCUGCCUCUCUGUUUUGAGGCUGUAUCAUAAAACAACCAUUCAAAGCCCUUCAAGGUAUUAUGUGCUUUUAUGCAUCAAGACUCAACCUGCCUCAAGAGACACCCCAGGAGCAGCCCAAAUAAGUAUAAGAAUAAGUCUCCUUAUUUCUGCAUAGUAAUGCAGAAGUUCUCAACAUAUCCAAGCCAAAGGGACAGCUGCUUAAAAUCAGUACAUCUCACUAAUGCGCUCUGGUUUCCUGUGAUGACAUUGCAUUGUGCAGGGUGGAAUUGCAUAAGAUGUAAUUUACUGUUUUGUUUUUUUUUAAACCUGAUUUUUUUUUUAAAUAGUGCCAUGGAAAAAAAUCCUGAAGUGACAAACCGUAUUUUAUCAAUGAGGCCCCAGGUCUUGGUAUGUGGUUGCUAAUGGAAUUUGAUUCGGCAUUACAGGGAGCUGAUCAGAUUGAAACAAUUAUGAGUAUUAUCUCAGUGUGCUCAGAUACUUAUCCAGAGACCCUGGAGAACAUAUCCAGCUUCAAAUGUAUCAGAGUGUAUCAGCUCAUGUCUGUAUUACACAAAUCCUUUACCACAACUUUUUUCUUGCUUGCCUGAACACGGUUGCUUCAACAUAUCCUUUUUUAUGGAACAUUUAGACGAGAGGAGGCACAUGAGUCCUGACAUCGCUUUCAAGCUGUCAUUGUUGAGGUGGUUCACACCAGAACCCAUCAAUACAGCUUUGUUGUUGUCGUCGUUUGUACGAUGAUGAGAUUUCUUCAAAGAUACAGCGCUGCUUCUGCUGCAACAGUUUACUGAGAUGUCAGUUGUGUCAGCGCUAAAAGCCUCUAAGUGGUUCUGAGAUGCAGGUCUUUCCAUCAGCAGCUGCUCCUUUCUCACAGCUGUUGGAGCAAGCUCCAAGUUCAAGCAGUAAGGAAACAACACGCAUGCAUUAGUAAGCAACCGAGAUAGACAUUCAGUCUACAUCAGACUGUAAAGGGAGUUAAGGUGGCAAGUGUUUUUUUUUGUCAGAUCAUAACGCUGUGGGUUUUGAAAACUGAAAGCAAAUUUUUGGAGAGAUAUUUGUGACAGUCCGAUAAAACAUCAGUGACAAGGGAAAGAGAUAGAAAACAGGCUAAUAAUAAAAGGAGCACAACAAGCACAAGAAUACAUCCUGAAAUACAAAACAAGAAAAGGUUGGGAGGAGAACAAAUUGGGUCAGAAACAGUGACUGUGUGCAAAAAUGUAUCUGCAGGGAGGACAGCGUGGACAUUACUCAUCGCAAGAGAGGAAACAGAAGAACACACACAAACACACACAUCUCACACACCUUGCCAAUGCAUAUCUCCCAUCUCUGACCGCCGCUCUGUCACCCUGGGAUUUGUUGUGACAAGUGAACCUUUUCGUGACAGUAGUAUUGCCAAAAAAAAGGCUCCUGCAGGGGAACACAUCCAGUAGUCCUUUAAAGAGACAGCAUCCUCGACAAACAGGACUUUGAUUCCUUCUUUUCACCCAGCUGCUCCAUUUCAUUUAUUUUAUUUUCAACUGACAGUACCUUUAACUUGUACAGACAUGAGAUUUAUUUUACUUAUCGAUUAUUUAUUGACAUUGUGUUGAUUAUUUACGUUGCCAUUUUGUAUGAGACUGUCGACGAUGUAUGUGUGAGGUUUUUUUUCUGUCCAAGUGAUCCCUUUUCACAUGUAACGUGAUGUCUAACCUGCACAGAUGGAAGACUUGAAGUGGGAAAGGUGAAGAUAAAAAACACCUACAAUAGCAGUCUGAAAAUGUUCACCUGGCAUUUUAGUAUUUGAAUUGGUUCUUAUUUAAAUAUUGGAGCUAUGCUUGUGGAGAAUUGGACUAAAGUAAAUGAAAGUUCAGGCCUAUAUAAAGGUAGUUAUCGCAAACAGAAAGACAUCUUAACAUCAAAACUAAGAUUUCAAAACUGGAUGUAAAUCAUGAAAAUAUGUCCCAGGUCAAACCUCUUCCUUCUUCCACCGUUAAAGGCCGUUACAGGGAAAACUCUUUCAGCCUUGUCCGGACCAAUAGGAGCGCCAGAAGAGACUAAACAACUAAAAGAGUUCAGAGUCUAAAAUGUUCUGAUGUGCUCUGACAAAAAUACAUAAAGGGAGAGAGAGAGAGAGUCAGAGAAAGGAAAGGAGGAGGGAUGGGAGAUUGUCUUUGUUAGAUUUGUGUGUUCAUUAUGGGAUGCCUUCUAUCCUGCUGUCUGCGAGGGACGGCGGCAUGGAAACAGCUGUUCCCCUGUUACCACGGAAACAAGAGAAAUGUUGGACAUUAAAAAAUGACUUAUA